AUGCCUCUCCCAGCCCGAUAUGGUCGCUGGGGAAUCCUGGCAUCGGUGGUCCUAAUUCUCCUCAUACUACACUUCAUUCACGCAGACCUGGGUUCAAGUACCACGCAGGACGUGAUCGAACCAACCCCAGGCCUCAAAAUCGAGACCACCACAAACACAACCUCACCCUCACCCUCAACCGCAACAACAGACCAUGUCCCAAGUACAUGCCCACCACUACCAGGAAUGGAAAACAUCCUAGUAGUAAUAAAAACUGGCAUAACCGAAGCUCAAGACAAAGUACCAGUGCACCUACGCACAACCCUCCGUUGCAUCCCACACAAAAUCAUUGUCUCAGACUUCGAAGAAGACAUAGCAGGAGUGCGCACCUACGACGUCUUCCAAAACGUCUCCGAAUCCCUAAAACAAUCCAACAUCGACUUCGCCCUCUACAACCGCGCCCGCUCAGGCGGCCACGCAGCCCUAACAUCGCAAGACCGCACAAAAGUCGCCAACGGCCCAUCGGGAAUGAGCGACAACCCCGGCUGGAAGCUCGACAAGUGGAAAUUCCUACCGAUGAUCCACACAGCGCGCCAUGUGCGCCCAGAUGCUCACUGGUUCGUUUUCCUCGAGGCAGACACGUACCCGAUCUGGCCGAAUCUGCUCGCCUGGUUAUCCAGUUUUGAUUCGGCGGACCGACUGUAUCUGGGUAAUCAGAUGCAAAUUGGGCCGAAUCUGUUUGCGCAUGGUGGGUCCGGGUUUGUGCUUUCGCAUGCGGCUAUUCAUGCUGCGGCAGAUUAUCAUACGGCUAAUGUUGGCGAGUGGGAUGAUACGACUGAUAGGGAAUGGGCGGGUGAUUGUGUGCUUGGCAUGUUGCUUGCUAAGGCGGGUGUUGGGCUUACUUGGUCUUGGCCUAGGGUUACGACGCAGUCGGUUUGGGAGCAGGAUAUGCUGAGGGAUGGGUUUGGGGUUACGCCUUGGUGUCAUGCGCCUUUUACCUUCCAUCAUAUGACUCCUGCGGAUGUGGAUCGGUUUUGGGAGUUUGAGCAGAUGUGGUUUGCUGAGGUGAGUAACUUAUUUGUACUCCGUGUCAGCUAUCUUGACGAUAUCGGGGCGGCUCUGACAUUCUCACAGACGAACUCGACGCAAUUGACAUACAAUGAGAUCUUCCGCAAUCUUAUUCGUCCGACUUUGGCGGACCACCUGGAUAAUUGGGAUAACUUUGCCCCGGAUGGCGAUAACAAAGAGGAUUAUAAGGGUCCUAAGACUCCUGCUUCUCUCCCUGACUGUGCCGACUUCUGCGCUGCAGACCCGGAGUGUAUCCAGUACCGCCUCACCGCAGAAUCCCGCUGCACAACGUCCAAGGCUGUCCUGCGCGGUAAGCCUGCACCCGGCACGAAGUCGGGGACGAUGUUGUGGCGGGUAGAUGCUGCGGUGAAGCGGAUGGGACAAUGUCAGGAAGUGAUUUAA